AUGGUCAAAAAGAGAGUUGGCGCCUUGGAAAAGGUCGACGCAGAUCUGCCGAGUUUACAAUACAAGAUUCGAAGAGACCCCAAAUCAUAUCAAGAAGAUUUCCUCAAUCAAUAUGGCCAAUAUCAAACUCAGCGAGACAUUUACAUGGCAUCGCCCACGACAGCCACAUCAGCUGGAAUCGUUUCCUUCCGCGACCUGAUCGAUUUCGUGUCGCACGUCGCCGAUUGCUACCCCGAAGAUACGGCCAGCUUCCCAGAUGAUCUCAACAACAUCCUGACGACACAUCAUGCCGUGCUUGAAACCGAGUUGCGCGAAAAGGUGGCUGGCGCCCUCGUCCUUCUCCGCCGCAAGGAUAUCAUCGACUCGUCUGGGCUCCUCAACAUCCUCUUUCCUAUCUUAGUCACCACACCCAGUAAAACUCUCAGAGCUCUACUGUUCACCAAGAUUCUCUCUGAGUUACGGACUUCGAAUGCGAAGACGACAAAUCAUAAACUGAACCGAACGAUACAGACCGUUUUGUACAACCUUCUCACCUCAGACCGCACCUCUUCGAAAGGUAUCUGGGCAGUCAAAAUCACAAGAGAAUUAUGGAAACGCCAAGUAUGGACCGACUCUAAAGCCGUUGAAAUUAUGAAGGAGGCCAGUUUAGCGGACAAUGAGAAGGUUAUUGGUGGUGGUGUCAGAUUUUUCUUGGGCGGUGACAAGGAACGAGAGGACAUGGAGGACGAGGAGAGCGACCACGAAAAUAUCAGCAUUGGAAAGUUAAAGCAUCAAGUUGGAAUUAAUAAAAAGUCGAAAAAGAAAGUCAAGGGAUUGGAGAAAGCCGUGGAUAAAGUCAGACGGCAAGAGCGCAAGAAGAAUGCGCCCCAUGCGCUUAAUUUCUCGGCCCUCCACUUACUCCACGACCCCCAAGGGUUUGCAGAGACACUAUUUUCGAAACAUCUCCAAAAUGGCAAGUCCAAGCUCAACUUGGAGCAGAAGCUUCUGGUCCUCCAGCUUGUUUCCCGCCUCGUUGGUCUUCACAAGCUCACGGUUAUUUCCCUAUACUCCUACUUCACCAAAUACCUCACGCCACGACAGCCAUCAGUAACGUCGUUCCUCGCAUCUCUCGCUCAAGCAACCCACAGCCUGGUUCCUCCCGAUGCCCUAGAGCCGCUCGUCCAGAAGAUCGCCAACGAGUUCGUCUCGGAGGCUGCGGCUUCUGAGGUAGCAGCAGCUGGUCUCAAUGCCAUUCGCGAGAUCUGUGUUCGCCAACCGCUGGCUAUUAGCGACACGCUAUUGCAGGAUUUGGUCAUGUACAGGAAGAGUAAGGACAAGGGAACUAUGAUGGCCGCGAAGGGACUGUUGUCGCUCUACAGAGAGGUCGGCGCUGAUCUGCUCCAAAAGAGAGAUAGAGGCAAAGAGGCUACGAUGGGUAUCCGAAGCGGCGAGCGUAAGGAGAGGAGAUACGGAGAAGAGGAGGCCGGCGGUAUUGAAGGCCUUGAGCUGCUCGAGGAGUGGAAGGCCAACGAGCGCAAGAGAAAGCGUGUUGAGGCUGGUCUACCAGAGGAACUAGGCACCGAUGAGGAAGAAGAGGAAGAAGACGAUUGGAACGCAUGGGACGCCCAGUCCAACGCUAGUACCGACUCUGGCGGCUGGGUCAACGUCGAAAGCGACGUCGAGAUCGAAAUCAGCGACAGCGAAGACGAGGGCGGCAAGAAGCCCCCCGCAAAGAAAGUGAAAUUCGCCGACACACCCGCCGACGGCGGGGAGAACGAACUCACCGAUGCCGCCAAGAAAGCAGACAAAGAGCUCGAGUCUAAGAUUUCGAUACUGGCCACGACGAAGAUCCUCACCCCCGCUGAUCUGGCCAAGCUUCAGGAGCUCCGCCUCGAAGCCGAGGUCAACAAAAUCACCGGGAAGAAGGGUCUAACCCAGCGGCAAAAGGAGGCGCUCGCUCGCCACGCUGAUGACCCGUUGACGGCGGAUCAGAUUGAGGGAUUCUCGAAGCUGAGGAAGAACACGCGCGAUGAGAAGAUUGCGAUGGCGCGUGAGGGCAAGGGCGAGAGGGGCGAGCAUAAGUCGACGAAGGCGCUGCGUCGGGCGAAGAAUGAGGCGGAGGGCAAGAGUACGACGAAUAAGGAGAAGUCGCGGAAGAAGAACUUUAUGAUGACGCUGGGGAAGGCGAAGUAUAAGCAGAAGAGGAGUUUGGUGCAGACGAAGAGGGUGUUACAGGGACAUCUUAACAGGGCUAAGAGGGGUGGUAAGAGAGGAAAUAUUGGUAUGUAA